UUAGUCUUGUUGGCCCUGCGGAGCUACCAUCCACUGCCGGAUGGGUAUCUGAUCUUCCUCAAGCUGCUUCCUGCUUGCAUCUCACCACACCUCCGACAUCCCAAGCGACCUCUUACAGCUGCCCAGGAUCUCGAGUCUCCUAUAAACCGCACUUCAGAUUUUUAUGAGGCUUGAGGAGCCUUUUCAUCUGCAAGAUGUAUCAAGUCAGCAAUGUCUACUUUAUUUGCGCGUUUGCCGCUAUAGGCGGCAUGCUGUUUGGUUUUGACAUAUCUUCCAUGAGCGGUGUGCUCGGAACCCAGGCUUACACCCGCUACUUCGACAACCCUCAGGCCGGUGGCUACACCCAGGGAGCAAUCACGGCCUCGAUGCCCGCUGGCAGUCUCGUCGGAGCACUCAGCAGCGGAUUCCUUGCCGACCGCUUCUCUCGCAAGCUCGCCCUCCAGAUCUCCUGUAUACUGUGGAUAAUCGGUGCCAUCAUCCAGUGCGCCGCCAUAGACCGCGGCAUGCUUUGUGCCGGACGUGUCGUUGGAGGCCUGUCCAUCGGUAUUGCAUCUAGCGUGGUCCCCGUUUACCAGAGUGAAAUCGCACCUAGGGAGAUCCGUGGUCGUGUGGUCUCGCUGCAGCAGUGGGCCAUCACUUGGGGUAUCUUGAUCCAAUACUUCAUCCAAUACGGUGCAUCAAACGUUGGAGGCGGUCCCAACAACCCGGACCAGCCAACAUCUGCCUUCCGAAUCCCCUGGGGCGUGCAAAUGGUGCCCGGUGUCGUCUUGUUCAUCGGCCUCUUCUUCUUCCCUUACAGCCCGCGUUGGCUCGCCUCGAAGGACCGCUGGGACGAGGCACUCGAGGUCCUGGCCCGCACCCUCGGCAAUGGCGACCGCAACCACCCAAAGGUCCUCGCGCAGUACCAGGAAAUUGAGGACGCGCUGAGGUUCGAUCGGGAGCAGGCAAUCAGCAGCUACAAGGCCUUGGUCGCCAAGGGAAUGUUCAAGCGUGUCUUCUUGGGCAUGAGUGUUCAGGCCUGGUCGCAGCUCUGCGGCAUGAACAUCAUGAUGUACUAUAUCGUCUAUAUCAUGCAGGGAGCUGGAAUAGGAUCGCCUCUCCUCACCGCGUCCAUCCAGUAUGUCAUCAACGUGGUCAUGACCCUCCCGGCCAUCGUCUACCUCGACAAGUUCGGCCGCCGCCCAGCCCUGAUCAUCGGCUCGUUCCUGAUGAUGACGUGGCUGUUCAUAAGCGGCGCCCUGCAGCAGUACUACGGCCAGCCCAACACGGACGAGACGCGCACCGUCGAGAACGAGAACAUCACCUGGAUCAUUCUCAACAACCGGCCCGUCUCGAGCGCCGUCAUCUCGUGCUCGUACCUCUUCGUCGCCAGCUUCGCCACCACCUGGGGCCCCGUCUCGUGGACCUACCCGGCCGAGAUCUUCCCGUCCAAGAUCCGCGCCAAGGCAGUCAGCCUGACGACCGCCACCAACUGGUUCUUCAACAUGGUGCUCGCCUUUGCCGUCCCUCCGCUGCUGUGGAACAUCUCGUACAACAUGUACUACAUCUUUGGCGCCUUCAACGCCGCCGCGUUCAUCCACAUGUUCCUGAUGGCGCCCGAGACCAAGGGCUUCACCCUCGAGGAGAUGGACGACGUCUUCAACUCCGGCAUCCCCGCUUGGAGGACGGGCGGCAAGCGCAGCAGGCUCGACCAGCUUGAGAAGGAGAUCGAGGAGGGCAAGCUCAAGGUUGGCGCGCCUCAUGUCCGUGAGGAGGACCACGUGGAACCGACUGAGAAGGUUUAA